AUGGCAGAAGAAGAUUCUUCGGGAACUGUCAAGCAAUUUACCAGAACAGUAUUGUUUAACAUUCUGAAUGAAUUUAAAGGGAAGAAAAUUGAUGAAAAGGUUUCAUUAUUCGAAGAGAGACUUCUGAAAUUGACUAAUUGUCCAAACCAAGAAAAAAUUAAUUUUAUCCGUGCUUUGAGGUGUUUCAAGAGCGAUUUCAAGAAGAAGUGGAGAGAUGCUAGUUACAAGGAAGAACGUUUUUUGAAAACCAAUGAGCACUGGCUCACAUCUUCGAUUGAACUGCCUUACUGGCCUGAAAAACUUACACAAAAACCAGGACGACCAUCUAAAACAUUCGAAGAACUGUGCGACCGCAGCAAACGACGAAAAACUAAAGAGCUGCGGGAGCAAGUACCUGUAGAGGAGUUGACAUAUGCGGCUGGCGUGAGUCAGCGUGUUUCAGGACAUAGUGAUGCGUCAAAAAUAAUAAAGGAAAUUAUUGCUUCACCAACCAGAGCUGCGGAAAUACGCAAAGUUAUUACUACUGUCAGUAAGCAAACAACUGUGAAGAAACAUACACCUGCAGAAGCACUAGCCAUCUUUGUUGAAGGUGACUUUACCAGAAGACGGUGGGAAAUAAUACAUAGGUCGAAUAAGAGCAUCUAUCCUUGCUAUUCACUCAUACAAAAGGCUAAAAAGGAGUGUUAUCCUGAUGAAGCAUCUAUGUGUGUGACUGAGACAUGCUCUGAGGUUCGUCUACAAGCAUUACUUGACCACACUGUGUUGCGCCUGCAUAAAUAUGUAGCAGAGGUUGUAGAAACAUGCUCAGAGAAAGAGAAGCAAAACAUGGUUUUAAUAUCUAAAUGGGGAUGUGACGGGUCGCAACAAACCCAGUAUAAACAAAAAUUUCAAAACAUCACUGACAGUGACGCAAAUAUUUUUCAGAGCUCACUUGUUCCCUUAAGACUGCUUGUUAUCAUUGAUGGAGAACAGAAGAAAAUUAUAUGGCAAAACCCAGUCCCAUCCUCACUUAGAUUCUGUAGACCCAUACGCAUACGCUUCAUAAAUGAAUCAAAAGAUGUAACGAAAGAAGAAAUUCGGCACAUCGAAAAUCAAGCCGCUCAGCUUCAGGAAACAGAAGUGGACGGAGCAGGCAAAAUAAAGCAUAAGAUAGUGUUUACAAUGAUAGAUGGUAAGGUCUGUAAUGCUGCGACUGAUACUGCAUCCACCAUGAGAUGCUAUAUUUGCGGACAGACAUCAAAAGAUUUUGAUAAAUUAAUUAAAAAAGAUGUCAAUGUAGAAACGCUGAAGUUUGGACUCCCGAUUCUGCAUGCUAGAAUACGUUUUUUCGAAUCGUUACUACAUUUGUCCUACAAAAUACAACUGAAAAAGUGGCAAGCGCGUUCUACAGAAGAAAAAAAAGUUGUCAAAGAAACAAAAGAAAAAAUUCAAGAAGCUUUCAAAGAAGAAAUGGGACUCCUGGUUGAUGUUCCCAAAGCAGGAUUUGGGAACACGAAUGACGGGAAUACGUCAAGGAGGUUUUUUGCUGACCCGGAAUGCUCAUCUCGAAUCACUGGAGUCAGUGUGAAUUUAAUACAACGAUUUAAAGUCAUCUUAGAAGUGAUUUCGAGUGGCAACAGCAUCGACGUCGAUAAGUUUGAAGCUUACACAUAUGAAACUGCAAAACUGUACACAGAUCUUUACGAUUGGCACCCUAUGUCACCAACCAUCCAUAAAGUUUUGAUGCAUGGAGCGGAAGUCAUAUCACAUGCAAUCCUACCUAUUGGCCAGUUAUCGGAGGAGGCAGCUGAGGCCCGCAACAAGCACCUCCGACAAUAUAGACUGAAUUUUGCACGAAAAUUCUCUCGAGUGGAUUGUAAUAGAGACGUAUUGUAUAGACUGUUACUAAGUUCGGACCCAUAUUUAAGCAAUAAUAGACCAAGGCAGCACAAAAAAAACUAUGCCAUUUUCGCAAGAGGCAAUCAACCUGAUGAUUGCAAGCACGCCGCCUGUACCUCAUGA